AUGUCCGACAACAUCCCUACGCCGUCUUCGAUACCCUCUCCUCCGAUCAACCCUCAUUCGCUUUCCGAGAGAAUCAAUAUAUCUACGCGUCCUCUCCAUACGCAACUAAACCGCCUGAUCCUCACCCGACUCCCUCUGGCGUUGCCACCAUACACGAAUAACCCCUCUACCUACGUCUCAGGCCUCCUCCACAUUGCGCCCAUCUACAACACUUUCGAAAGCCUCUGGGCCACCAUCCUCUGCUCCCCGCAACUCCCGACUACCAUAAAAGGGUACCAAGAUGCCUGCGACCCCGAUAAACCCCUCCUGGACUCCAGGACCAUCCCCCUCCUCUCCCCCACCUCGACAGAACCACCUAUUCUCCAUAUCCCGAGGAUCUGCGGCCGAACUCACUCCCUCCUCACCCACCUACGCCUGCCAGGCCUCCUACGAGCAGACCGUCUCUUAGCAGACCUCCGCACCCUCGCCAAUGUCCCCGACUACCAAAUUGACGUCCAGCUAGCCGCAAUCUCUCACUCCGGGCCCCUCUCCCAAUUCCUCGCCCACACCAAAGUUUCCGUAGAAGCAAAUCCACACGUCCUCCUAGCCUACGCAUGGGUCCUCUACAUGGCGCUCUUCUCAGGCGGUCGCUACCUACGCGCUGCGCUCAAAGAUGCAGGCGGCCACGGCACCACAUUCUGGGAUCGCGACAGGUCCCCCAGUCGCCCUUACAGCAUCGACGACUCCGCUGUCCCCCCUCGUUCGACGUCCCGGCAGGCGCACUCGCAGUCCGAAAGCGACACGGCGCCCACGCGCUCGGAACCCAACCACAACUUCCCGCCUCGACCUAGCGAGCCUGUCGCCGGACUGCAAUUCUUCAAUUUUGUCGGGAGCGAAGAUGGCGAGGAUCUGAAGAGGGAGUUCAAGAAGAGGAUAGCGGACGCGGAGAACCUGUUGACGGCGAGGGAGAAGGACGAUAUCGAGGUCGAGGCGCAGCAUAUCUUCACCUACUUGAUCCAGCUGGUCCACCAGCUCGAUGUUGCCGUCGGAACCAAAGCAGAGGACCUCAAGACCAGCGCCAACGCAGCGCGAGGAAUUCCGCUGAGUGCCAGUCGCGAUAGUGUUAGUGUGGCUAAGGAGCGCAUCGGACGCAACACGAUCCAGCGCGAGGAGAGCGAGCAGCGCGAAGAACAAGGGCCGCUGACCGAAGCAGAGGCCGAGGGGCCGAGGAAACGAAGCUUUCUCGAUGUGGUAGGCGGGCCGCUGGCAAAGGUUGUCGAAUUCAGAGGGAGGAUACUGAGUUUCGAUGCCAUUGUCCGGCGGCUCUCGGGGCCGCCGCCGACGCCGCCGCAGGUGACGUUCAUGGUUGAGAAGGACGUGAUUCUGGAUGACGGGGUGGUGGAUCAACAGGACGUGGUUGUUGUGAAGGAGGGAGGGCCGAUGUCGUUGCAGAUUCUGGCCACGCUGCUUUUGAUGAUUGUCUUGCUGGGGUACAAGAUUCAUAGAUAUGGGGCAUUGGGACAGGGCGGAUCGCGAGGCGUUUUCGGCGGCGUUGGGGCGAGGGCUAGAAUUUCGACAUGGACGAUGGUCAGAAUGGGACACACAGCAGCAAACGGCCACCAGUGA